AUGGCAGCCUGGAACGCAACCCGAAGAAUCCAAUAUACAUGCUCUGUGAUUGCCACCCUGCCACAAAGGCACUCCACGCAGGCCGAAUUCAACGGCCAGAACUACGUGUACUCGCGCGAAUUCGCGCCCAACGCAUCCCGCUUCGAGGCUAUCCUUUCCACGCUUCUCAGCGCUCACGCCGUCACCUACGCCACAGGCCUAGCAGCUCUGCACGCCGCGCUAGUCCUUCUCAACCCGCGCCGCAUCUCCGUCGGCGAAGGCUACCACGGCAGCCAUGAGGUGAUAGGCGUGCUCUCGCGCCUCACCGGCCUGCAGAAACUACCUCUAGACUGUCCCGCUGACGCGCUCGAAGCGGGAGAUGUGGUUCUGCUUGAGACGCCGGUGAACCCGCUAGGCACUGUGUUCAGCAUCGAGGCGUAUGCCCGCAAGGCACAUGCCCGGGGCGCGUACCUGAUCGUCGAUAGUACUUUUGCCCCGCCGGGGUUGCAGGAUCCGUUCUUGUGGGGUGCGGAUGUCGUGCUCCAUUCGGGCUCCAGGUACUUUGGGGGCCAUAGUGAUAUGCUCUGUGGCGUGCUGGGCGUCAAGCGGGCGGACUGGCAUUGGCAGUUGCUUGAGGAUCGGGCUGCCCUUGGCCAUGUGAUGGGGAAUCUGGAGGGUUGGCUCGGCGUGCGGAGUCUGCGGACGUUGGAAAUCAGGGUGCAGCGGGCGAGUGAGAGUUCGGCCAAGUUGAUUGCGUGGCUCGAUCAAGCGAUGAAGGUCGACUCGCCGGGGUCAGGCAGCGAGGAAGAAACUAUCCAGAACGCUGUGAAGAGGAUAUACCAUGCUAGUCUGCAGGAUGAGCCGUGGGUGAGGCAGCAAAUGCCGAACGGGUUCGGGCCGGUUUUUGCCAUUGUCCUAAAGGAUGAGGAGGCCGCAAAGACGUUGCCGAGCAAACUGUCUUUCUUCCAACAUGCAACCAGUCUGGGAGGUGUUGAAUCGUUGAUUGAGUGGCGAGCUUUGUCUGACUGCAGGGUUGAUCGCAAGCUGCUACGGAUCAGUGUGAGAUUGGAAGACUGGCAGGAUCUGAAGAUGGAUCUACUUCAAGCUUUCACAAGUUUGCAGUAG